ACAUCUUCCCGUGGCCUCCCGAACUGCCGCCGGCGAUCGCCAUAGCCUGCAGUGAGCCGCCGCCGACCAAGAUGAAAUCCGCACCAGCCGCUCCCACAACCAUAUGCGGCCUCGGAGACGACCUUCUGUGCGAGGUGUUCCUCCGCCUGCCCUCCCUCCCGAGCCUCGUCCGAGCCGCCCUCACCUGCCCCGCCUUCCUCCGAGCCGUCCGCUCGUCCCCGUCGUUCCGCCGCCGCUUCCGCGACCUCCACCCGGCCCCGCUCCUGGGCGUCUUCUUCGACAUCUACGACUCCGCCAUGCCCGCCUUCGUGCCUAACCGCCACUGGUCCGAUCCAGACCACACUGCCGCCGUCCGCGGCGCCGACGUCUUCCUCACACGCGUCCCCGACGUUGAAGACGAAGGGUCCGACUCGGAGCAUGCCACUGCCGUCCGCGGCGCCGACGUCUUCCUCACCCGUGUCCACGAAGACGAAAGCGACGGCGACGAAGAAGGUGAAGUCGAAGGCGGAUACAAAAGCCCCGGGUGGUCGAUGACCUCGUGCCGCGACGGAUACGUGGUUCUCGUCAACCAGAGCACCAAGCGGACGGCCGUCUACGACCCGCUCACACGGUGCCUGCAUCUCCUCCGCGCGCCGCCCGUUGAGACCCGCGAAGACGCCGAAUCUGAGUUCGUCGUGGUCACCCCCGAAGAGGACCCCGGGUCGUUCCGCGUCGUGUGCAUCUCCAUGGAAAUGAGGGCAGCGAGUGUGUUUUGGCUUUCGGUUUGCAUUUUUUUUCGCCCCUGGACGAGAUGGACGAAAUUCGGCCAUUUAAAAAAUUCCGGUCAAAUCUCGGACGAAAUUACAAAACUAAAAUUUGAAUUUUAAAUGAAAUUUGACUGAAAUCUUGCAGAAAUUCGGCCGAAAAAAUUGAAAACAAGCAGAGCAAAAGUAUAGCAGUAGAACAACACUAAGGGGUACGUAUGUACGUAUAUAUUCACCAAACUUUGCAUGAGUCAAACAUCACCAUCAGCUCCACAAAGAUUGAAACAAGGACGGGGAGAUGUGCUGCAGAGUUGAGGAGUUGCCGCUGGAUUCACCUGCAUCCCGCAGCCAGCAGAGGUCAGCAGCAGGGGCUGGGCCGCCGGGACGACGCGAACGGGGCAGGAGCGGCACGCUCGAGCUGGGAAGCAGCCGGCGACGAGUGGAGGAGCCGCGAGCCCGCGACUGGGCGCAGCGCCACCGCCGCCGCACACACACGGGGGAGUGGGGAUCAUGAAUUGUUUAGGGUUCGGGCGU